AUGGUCCAAUUUAAAAUGGAUGCUGUAAUUGAUAAUUCACGGUGUGUUAUGCCUUACCCAGAAGUUGUUGAUGGUAAGAUUGAUACAAUGGGUUCAGUUGCCUGUGUUACUAAAUAUAAUCGUUUUGGAAGUAUUUUUGCCAUAGGUUGUUUAGAUGGUAGAAUAUUUCUUAUGAACCAUAAUGAUAUUCGGAAAGCUAUUGUUAAGCAUUUUACACAACAUGUAUCAGUAAUACAUUCAUUGUGUUUUAGUCGGGAUAGUCGUUAUUUGGUCUCUACAUCACAAGAUAUGAAUAUAAUUAUAUGGGAUAUUGUUGAAGGUGUACCAGUGAAAUACAUAAGAAGUAAUGGUGUUCCAUUAUCAGCUUUGUUUAAUCCACGCAAUAAUCAACAAUUAGUUGUAUAUAAUCUAACUCAAUCAAUUCAAGUUUAUAAUACAGAAACUUUGCAUUGUAAAAAUUUAAUUUAUCAGAUUCCUGGUACAGGAGAAGAUAAUUUUACAUGUUUUGCUUUUGAAAGACAUGGUAAAUAUAUUUUUUGCGGUUCUUCAAAAGGAAAAAUAGUUGUGUAUGAUGCUGUAACUUUAUCUAUAAUUACUUAUUUUAAACAAGGUGGAAAUCAUCAAAUUAGACAAAUUUGGAUAUCAAGAAAGGGAGAUUUUGCAUUAACUAAUAAUUCAGAUAAAAUUUUACGUUGUUACAGUAUUCAAAGUAUGUUAAAUACAAGUAGAGGUCAAACAUUAGAACCGAAUAAUAAAUUUAGUGAUACAGUUGAUAGAAGAGCAUGGGCAAAAUGUGCAGCAAAUGGUACAAUGGAUUAUGUAUGUGGAUUGGUACAAAAAGACCAUGGUAUUUUUAUAUGGGAAAGAUCUACAGGAACUGUUGUCAAGAGAUUGUUCAAUAAUUCAGGAAAUGGAGCCACUGAUAUUCAAUGGCAUCCAACAAAACCAAUUAUUUCAACUGUUUAUAAAGGUGAAGUUUACAUUUGGAAGGAUCCUUGUGCUGAAAAUUGGAGUGGUUUUGCACCUGAUUUUACUGAAAUAGAAGAUAACAUAAAAUAUAGAGAAAAAGAAGGUGAAUUUGAUUUAGAAGACGAGGAUGCUUCACAGGACCAAAUAAAUAAAGAACAAGCAGAAGAAGAUAUUAUUGAUGUUGAAACUUUAGAUGAUAAUGCCGUUUAUUGUUCUUCAGACGAAGAUAAUGUACCUUUAAAUGACCUUUCAUUGCAAACAGGAAAUGUAUGGUAUUUACCAGCCAAAAUUGAUGUUGAUCCAAAUGAUGAUAUUGAAGAAAAAAAUGAACCUUUGCUUUCUGAGCAAAUGAUAAUUAAACUUCAAGAACGGUAUAAAAGAGAAACUUUGCAUAAUGAAACAAUUUAA